AUGGCUCCAACCGGGAUAUACAGUCGUUUGAAGGCACUCUACACUGGCGAAAAGGGAACAUUCGGCAUAUUAUCCUCAGUGAAAGACGGAGAUGCAUUGAAAUCCCUCCAUUGGAUGGGAUAUUUCCCCAUUGGAUUAGUCGAGACGGUCAAAUGUGUAGCUCUUACCGCCAUACUCUUCGUCGGACCUCUUUUUGAAGAAGGGAUUGCGCAAGGACAAUGGCGUGAUUGGAUUCGUCUGCGCGGAUUGGGUGCUUUGAAGGGAUGGAUCCCGUAUCGAAACAUUGUCGCCGGUCCCGUAACCGAAGAAGUGCUUUUCCGAUCAGCCUCGGUGCCGCUGCUCCUCCUCUCCAAAACAUCCAACACAACCAUUAUAUUCCUCACCCCCGUCGUCUUCGGACUAGCCCACGUGCACCACUUCUACGAAUACCGAAUUACGCAUCCGCAUGGACCCAUGCUCGGUGCUCUUCUCCGCUCCCUCUUACAAUUUUCAUACACGACUUUGUUUGGAGGCUAUGCUACAUUCCUCUAUCUUCGAACGGGUAGUUUGUUGGCGGUGAUGUGUGUGCAUGCUUUUUGUAAUUGGAUGGGCUUCCCGAGGUUUUGGGGAAAGAUUAGUAGUUCGGUGGACGGAGAGACGAUUAUUGGGCCGGAUGUGGGAGCCAGUAAGAAGAGUGAAGAUGUGCUGGAAAAUAAUGGGGAUUUGGGUAUUCCAUGGACCAUCACUUAUUAUGCUCUACUGGUGGUGGGUGCUUACUUCUGGUGGAAGUAUUUGUGGAUUUUGUCGGCGAGCGAAUUCGCUUUGGUCAAGUUUUAA